CGCACCGACCACAGAAGUGAAAAGGCUUCAAAGUUCCCGCCUUGGGAAAUUUCCAGCUACGGCACACUUCUGAUUCCACAUUUCCACUGCACAAACGCCUAUUUCUCACCGGAAAAAGGGAUAAAAGCCCUAAAACCCAAACUUCACCGGAAAUCUCGCAGCCGACGCCAAAUGGUGUCAACUUGGCAGCUACAUUCCGACGGCGGAGACAAUUUCCGAUGGGAAAUAUCUCCAACGCCGAAACCCUCCCACCAGCAAAACAACUACCACUGCUCUACUCCUCCGCCUUCUCUCCCUUCCUUCCACGACGUUCUGGUUCAAGGAUGUUCGAAGAUUUUGGAAGAUUGUAAUAAACGGAAUGUUGUUGUUGAUGAUGAUAUUACUCCGAUGUUUCGAACUGGAUCGGGAAGCUCUGUUGUUCUGAAGAAGUCGUCGAUUGCGAAAGCUUAUUCUGUUCUUGGAGAUGAUAUCGUCGACAAUUUUGAUACAGGGCAACCAUGUUUUAAAGGAAAUGGUUUCACUUCCCCCAAUUCGAUGUUUCAAACAGGCUCUGGGAAGAAGGUUAAUAUUUCUUCUACUGGACUUAUCAGAGCUAGAGCAAUGUUGGGUAUCGAAGAAAAUAACGAUGAUUGUUCCAUCGAAGGUUUUGAGCCUGCAAAAAAGAAAUUUCGUGGAGUGGACACGUCUGCGAGUGAAAUACGAUCACAUUUAGGGAAGAGGAAGAUAGGGAUCAGCAGCGAGGGAGCCGAAAAUGACAUGCACUGCUCAAAGUUUCCGUUUCAUUUGAAGAGUGAUGCAUCAGGAACUGAGUUUGGUGAUGAGGAUUUUGGUAAACUUAUACGACCAGAGAUGUCUGAUUCUACCUGCAAACCACCUGCGAUUAAGUUCAAUACUGCAGGUGGUAGAUCAAUUUCAGUAUCUAGGGAUGCCUUGCAGCGAGCGCGAAACCUUCUCGGUGACCCAGAGAUGGAAAGUCUUUCAAAUGAAGGGGAUGCAGGUGCUUCCAUGUUUUCGUUUUUCAAGCAUGAGAAUUCUGGUGGGAGCUUCCUUAACAAGGAAAACACGACUGAUUUUUCUCAUCAAUUUGAACAAAAUCCAAAGAUCUUUGUAUCGCCAAUGAAGUCAUCUACUAAAAAUCCUUUGGAAGCUAAAUCAGAAACCUUGAUCUCAGGGACGAAUUUAAUGAGGAAAUUUGAUGAUGAGGAAGUCAUCUGCAAUUCCAAUGGUAAACUAUCCUCAUCAUGUCCGACAAAGAGUUUGCAAGGGAAACCUCUUGUACCGGAUGCAAUACUUCAACCCUCCAUGGUCAAUGGUGCCGGUCCAGGUUUACAUAGACUCUCAAAGCCAUCUGGGGGGAAACUAGCUGAUAUAACAAACACUAUAAGCAUUGACUCUGCAGUCUCUACAACUAAAAAAGGAAUAAUCACUGAUCUAAGGAGACUUGGGAAACGAAGUUCUGUUUCUCCAUUCAAGAUGCCAAGAAAUUCAAAGUUCAUCACUCCUCUGAACUGCAACCUUUCUUCGGCCCCAAAUGAAUUGUCCAGCAGGGAAUCCGAGGCUUCAUAUUGUCGAAAAAGGGUUUGUACCCGUUAUCCCUUUCAGCACUCAAGAUUGUAUGUCAAGGAGUUUUUUAAAAAGCCUCCAACCUCUUCAAUAAUGCUGGAGCAUAUUCCAGAGCAAGAGCGGCACAUAAAUCCUAGAACUUCGGAGAAAUACACAUUUUGUGAUGGAUCCCAGCUAUUAGGUGUUGAAAAUUUCUACCAUAUGCUGGUUCAGUCAGGAGCUUCUGCGCAACAUGCAUCCAAAGAGUGGGUCGCAAAUCACUACAAGUGGAUUGUGUGGAAACUUGCUAGCUAUGAGAGAUAUUAUUCAUCUAAAUUUAUGAAGAAGUUCUUAAUAGUUUCUAAUGUUCAUGAGGAGUUGAAGUAUAGAUAUGAACGUGAAGUCAAUCAUGGUCAGCGUUCUGCAAUCAAAAGGAUUUUAGAAGGAGAUGCAUCACCUUCUUCCAUGCUGGUGCUAUGUGUCUCUGAUAUUGAGAAUCCAAGUACAAGUAUGGCGGAAAAGAGUAGCAAUUUUAGAAUAGAACUUACUGAUGGGUGGUACUCUGUAUGUGCCCAGUUAGAUGUCAUGCUGUCAAAGCAACUUGAUGCGGGGAAAUUAUUUGUGGGACAAAAACUACGGAUAUGUGGAGCUGGUUUAAAUGGCUGGAAUGGACCUGUUUCUCCACUUAAGGCAUCAUCAGCAAUUAGCUUAAUGCUGCAUAUGAACGGAACAUACAGAGCUAGCUGGCAUGAACGUUUAGGAUUCUGUCGAGGGGUGUGUGCACCAUUGGCGUUUAGAUGCAUCAAGGAUAAUGGAGGUCUAAUCCCUAGGACCCUAGUUGGAGUUACCAGGAUAUAUCCUGUUCUUUACAGAGAAAGGUUGAAGAGUGGAGGCUAUAUUGUGAGGUCAGAAAAGUUGGAAGCUUCACUUACUCAGCUUUACAACCAGAGGCGCUCUAACGUCGUAGAAGGACUUACAUCAGACUUUCAGAGAGGUUUGGUUGGUUCUUGUAUAGAGAAUGACUAUGAUAAUGAAGGAGCAAAGAUCCUGAAGAUGCUUGAGAGUGCUGCUGAACCAGAACUAUUGAUGGCAGAAAUGAGUUCUGAGCAGUUAUCAUUAUUCUCAAAGUAUCGAGCGAAAAUUGAUGAGACAAGGCAGGGAGACUUGCAGAGGUUGAUCGAGAAGGCACUUGAAGAUGCAGGAUUAAGUGCUAGAAACGUCACCCCAUUUAUGCGAGUAAGGGUUGUUGGACUGAAAAGUAGAGGACAAUACAAAGGUGAAGUCCAAAGGGAAGGGUUAAUUACAAUCUGGAAUCCUACCGAACAGCAGAUGCUAGAGCUGGUAGAGGGGCAGCCUUAUGCUAUUUCAGGUCUCAUACCGUUGCAUUCUGAUUUAACUACACUAUAUUUACAAGCUAGAGGUUCUAGCACUAAAUGGAAGCCUUUGACUACAAAAGAAAAGGAAUCAUUCGGGCCCUUCUUCAAUCCUCGCAAGUCAGUAUCAUUAUCAAGAAUGGGGGAGGUUCCUCUGUCCAGUGAAUUUGAUACUGCUGUGCUGGUUUUACACGUGGGCCUAGAGUAUAUAUCUGGUCAACAAAAAAGACAGUGGGUGUUUGUAACUGAUGGAUCCUUGUGCGAGCGACAAACAGAAGUAUCAACAAUCUCCUUGCUGGCUAUAAGCUACUGUUCCCAAUGCUCUGACGAUGAUUCCAUAUCUCCAAUUAAUAAUAACCUUGUUGGCAGCAUAGUUGGGUUCUGCAAUCUUGUGAAGAGAGCUAAGGAUCAUGCAAAUGAUAUGUGGGUAGCGGAAGCUACAGAAAAUUCGACAUAUUUCCUCAAGUAUAAUGAUCCAUAUUGUUCCCAUCUCAAAGAUGCCUUUGGUCUCGUUAAGAAAUGGGAGCAAAGUGGUAGCUCAAUAAUCGAGAUGCUCAGAGAGAAGGUUUUGCAUAUAGUUGGUGGUUCUAAAGGCUAGGACGUUGAAUUGUUUCCUGGCUGUCAUUUUCCAAGUCUUUUGCUGGCACAGAUGUUCAGAACGAGUAGGGGACUUUUUGCACUGAGUAUUAUCAGGAGCUAAACCCAGGUGUCCUGUAUGAGCUCUGGCAAGUCCUUAUAUUGCUUCUUCUCAUGCCAUGCUCUGACAUUUAUAGAGUAUCCAUGCAACAAAUGGAAUAGAUGAAGCGUGCAUCUUUGGAGCUCCAAUUUUUAGGUGGAUCAGCAUCAGUGAGUAUGCCAAUCUGUCUGGAAUCCAUAACCCGUGAACUUUUCCAAGCCGCCUCUCAGCGGCAAAGCAUGAUAUGCAACCUGCAGUCUACCGUUGUUUCUCUUCGCGUUGCCACAAGUGACAGAUUUUACUGGGAUAACACCCUGGCAAGUCAAACAGAGACAUGAAAGGUUGUGCUAAGAUCAUCCUUUUCAAGCUGUUUCCGUAAAUGCAGAUGUCAUUAUCACUUGAUGGUUCUAAAAACAACCUUUCGUCUGACACAAUCAACACUGCCCCGGCCUGAGUUACCUGAUACAGCAUUACGCAAUUUAGAUGGAGGUCUGUAAAUGUUGUAAUCUCCGGGAGUAUUUUCCUGCUGCUUGGGUUUGCUAGAAUCAGCCAAAGUCGUGCUGGCUUGUAUCUUGCAGGACAUUGCGAAAUUUGUACAGCAAAGGAAGGUUGAGUUAUUUGAUUAAUGUAAAAUAUCUAUAGUUGUGUAAAUUCAGCGUACUGUUUGGAACCGCCCCUCUACCACCCCUGACACAACCAGAAAAAGAAAGUAUAUACUGAAGAAACCUUGUACAGUUGGGAUGGAGAAUUUGCCAAAGAGCUACAUCGGCUACGUGAAAGUUUUUAACAUCUUUGUGCAGUUUUACUUACAUUUGGGAAUUGGGAUGUAAGCUUGUGAAGAACUGAAACAGUUUUUAGUUUCCGGGCAUACUGUACUAAUCGUAUUUGAUUGCACUCUGUAUUAUUUUCAAUCAAUGGUUUAGUGGCAGAUUAAGAUGCUAUGCCAGCAUUAAUACCA